UCUCUCUCUCUCUCUCAUGGCUUUCAAGUUUUUGGGAGCAAUCUUUUUGUUUUUCAUUUGCUUCUCUAAUUGUGGUGCUGAGCUUAUAACAGCACUCCCAGGACAACCCACUAAUGUUUCAUUUAAGCAAUACUCAGGCUACAUCGUGACAAAUGCUCAACAUGGCCGAGCUUUAUUCUACUACUUUGUGGAAGCCGAAUCAGGCGAUCCGCUUUCACGCCCCUUGACCUUGUGGCUCAAUGGAGGCCCUGGCUGUUCUUCAAUUGGUUUUGGCGCAUUCAUGGAAAAUGGCCCAUUUCAAGUUGGGAAGAAUGGACUGCUAGUCAAGAAUCACUAUUCUUGGAAUUCAGAAUCUAAUGUGCUAUAUGUGGAGUCACCCAUUGGAGUUGGAUUUUCUUACUCAAACACGAGCUCUGACUACAUUUUAUGGAAUGAUACUAGGAGCGCCGAGGACAAUUUGGUAUUCAUCAUUAACUGGCUAGAGGAAUUUCCCAAUUACAAAGAUUCUGAUUUUUUCUUAACAGGAGAAAGCUAUGCAGGGCACUACAUUCCACAACUUGCAGCAUUGUUGCUUGAGCAUAAUCAGAAGCCAAACAUUAGACCCAUCAAGCUCAAAUCAAUUGCUCUGGGAAAUCCACUUUUAGACUUAGAUAUAAGUGUACUUGCUGGAAAUUAUUUGUGGUCACACGGUGCAAUAUCGGAUGACACAUUAUCUUUGGAGAAUAGGGUUUGUAAUAACUCGAGGUACUGGAGGGAGUUGGUCCAUGAUCAAUUGUCUCAGGGAUGCAUUGAUGUGUUUAACAGAGUUCGAGCUGAAAUGAGUCAUGAGGUUGACAACGGUGACCUACUUCUGCCUGAAUGCUUACCAUCGAGCUCCAGUGAGCAAUUCAACCUAAAAGGAAUGCAUGGGAAUAUACAGGCAGUGAUUGGUAUGAGGGAAACCAAAGGAGACCCCUGCCUAGCACCCAGGAUCUUUGCAUAUCUAAACAAACCUCAAGUUCAGAAGGCUCUGCACACCAACACGACUAACCUCCCCUACUCUUGGGACUUUUGUGGAGGGCCUCUGCAGUAUCAAUACGAUAACUUAGACAUAAACCUCUUACCUCUCCUCUCAGACCUUUUGAAGGAAGGUAUUCCCAUCUUGCUUUACAGUGGAGACCAAGAUUCAAAAAUCCCACUCACCCAAACAAGGCUUAUUGCUAAUCAUCUUGCGAAAGAGUUGAAGCUUAGCACCUUCACGGAAUAUCGCCCAUGGUAUGACAAGAAACAGGUUGCAGGAUGGUCUCAAUCAUUUGGUGGCCUGAGAGAAGGGAAGAACGUAACAUUUCUUACAUAUGCCACCGUUAGGGGUGCGGCCCAUGAAGUCCCGUUCACAUCGCCUUCGCAAGCCCUUACAUUGUUCCGGUCAUUUCUAAAUGGGUCCCCACUCCCUCGGCCCCAUGGCUGAUUGAUAGGUCCAGAGGUUUAAUUGUGAAAUAAUGGUUUAAUUUCAAUAAUCAUUUGUAGUGAUGAAUAAGUCUUGAGAAGGUAAGGUAUUGAUUUCUUCCUUAUUUGGUGUGUGUUGAUUCUUACCAUUUUUUGUUGGCCCAGUAGGUGUUUGUUUGGGCCUUGGAAGGUAGGCUGUAACCCCCUAGGUGUAACCAUGAAGCUCCUCCUCCUACUAUGAA